CAAAUACAAUAAAAAAAGUCUAGAAUAUUUUGCCAAUAUAAUUGGAAAAUCACCCUUUAAACAAAUUGCAAACAAAAAAUUAAUCAGUUCUCAAAAAAUGUUGUGGUUCAAGAUUCAGCUGAUCGUUCUUGUUACUCUGGCGUUGGUUUGUCUCUCCUCCGCUAAAAGUCAUGAUACCGACGACGGCAAUAUCGUGAUGGCCGGAAGAUGGGCCGUCGGGGAGUACAAUAAGAAAAAUCAGGCCAAUUUAGUGUUUGAAUAUGUGAUCAAAGGCGAUAUGCAGUAUAGGUAUAAAGGCGACGGCGGAAAAUACACCGUCAUAGUUCAAGCCACGGAUUCUGAUAAAAAGGUUUCAAAUCAGUAUUCGGCCAAGGUCCAUGAGCCCGAUAUCAGUCAAGACAUGAUUCUUACCUCUUUCCAAAAAUUAUCUUCUUAGUCUUUGACUAUUUAUGUAAACGUAUUUCUCUUUGCAAUUGGAAGAGUUAUUCAUAAUAUUUCUCUAAAAGACUCUGCUCUUUUUUUUCCUUUUUUUUUUUUUGCAUUUUAAGAGUGCGGAGGGGGGGAAUGUAAGACAAAGUAAAUGAACGGAUGAAUAUUAGUGCAA